AUGCCAAAGAAAGAAGUCGACAUCCCAAAGUCAACUGUGCCUGAAGAGGGCAUAAUCAUGCAAGAACCCAAUUUGCGGAAUUUUCUCUUGAAUGUUGAGGAAGUUCGAAGGCAGUUGCAAGGUGUGCAAAACAUAAUUGAGCAGUUCCGCACGCAAACCGAACAAUUAAAAGCCGGGAAUGAAGAUGAGUCGAAUGGUGAUAAUUUGAAAAGUUUAGUAUCUGAUGCCAACAAAUUUAUCAAAGACUCUCAGACGAGGUUAUCCCUCUUACGUGAUGAAAACACCAAACUUGUGAAUGAGAAUCGCAUCUCUUCUACUAUUCAACGUAUAAGAAAGAAUCACGUCGACGUCUUAUGUUCCAAGUUAAUUAAAUUAUCUAAAGAGUAUCGAGACAUUCAAGAGAAGAAUCGCGUCAUUUCCGAGGAGAAAGUCGCUCGACAGAUGAAGAUCGUGAACCCUAAUGUGAAGGAAGAAGAGAUCAAAGAAGCCAUCGAGAGUAAUGACAAUGCCUUUAUGACGGGCGUGAUGACUGAAAAGGACAAAGAAUUGGACCAAGCCGCCAAACAAGCCUUAGCCUACAUCACUGCAAAGCACAACGACAUUUUGAUCUUAGUCGGCGCCAUCGCUGAGCUCAGACAGAUGUUCGAAGACCUUUCUAUAUUAGUCAGUCGUCAAGGCGAAGUCAUCAACAAAAUCGAAGAAAACUGUGAGACCGCUUUAGAAUAUGUGAAACAAGGAACUCAAGAUUUGGUCAAGGCACACGAAGACGCUAAAGCAAGUUCAAAGUUCUUGUGUAUCGGUCUUAUCGUCGUCGCUAUUGUGAUGGUCAUCAUCGUCUUGGCUAUCCUCGCUCCUAUCAUUUAUAAAGCAAUUAAAAACAAAAACGACACGUCGGACGGGUUCAUCCCUUUCUUAUAA